UAAAUAUUUUUACUUAUAGAAGUAUAUUAAAAUGCGUAACUUGUUAGACUUUUAGUUAUCACUUGUUCGAUUAGGAUAUUCAAUUCAACAAGAAGCAAUAGAGUUCAUCUGAAAAAUGCCUUCACGCUGUGAAAUUUGUUGCGAAAUUAUGAUCGCCGUCUUGAUCCCUCCACUCGGCGUUUGUCUCCGCCAUGGUUGCUGCACUGUUGAAUUCAUCAUUUGCUUGCUCCUUACAAUUCUAGGUUAUAUUCCUGGUAUUAUUUAUGCUCUUUAUGCAAUUGUCUUUGUUGAUCGUGAUCAGUACUUUGAUGAAUAUCGGCGUCCUUUGUAUGCACAAGCACAAUACUAACACAUAUAGUGAGUGCUUGUGCGGGCUUCUCUGCAAAUCAUUGUCUAUUUUGAGUCUCAUAUCUUGUGUUAAACUCUUGAAUAUGUAAUAGACGCCACUUGAAUUUUAUUCUUAUAUGUAAUUCUCAUUCAGAUUGGACUUGGUA